CAACUGUGCUUUAGAGGGGGAUGGGAAGUUAUUACCUGAAGAUGCAGGGCAAGACUAACUGCCAUUAUGGCUCUAAAUACAAGAAGACUCAGUUUUACCAUUGGAGUGAUUUGGGUUUAUUUUGUUUAGAGGUUAACACUGAUAAGUUAGGGUCGAGGAUUCAGGAAAUUGAGGACGACAGGGCAGCCCUUGCUAAAUACAUUCAUUCAUUCAUUAACCAAUAGUGUCACUGUUCGGAUAGUACCAUCCUGGUCUAACACUUGAAGCUCAUUUGCUUUCAUGAGGAGAAAAAAGUUGGAUGCCUCGCUCCAUCUAGUGGUUCCUCUAUGCAAUGAAGUUCAUUUAGGAUAGAUAUAAAAUUACACUGGACAACUGCAUCGAAGAGAAAGCACUUGCUGAGUGAAUAUGGGGGAUAGAGAGAGAGAGAAGGUCACAUAAACCCUGCGUUUAUCCCCGUGUCCAGCUGUGUUCACCUCAUGAACAUGCUCCAUGGCCAGUUCAACAUGGGUCUAUCAUAACGGAAAGGGGUACGAGGACAAAACAAGGGAGGGGUCCUGUCCCAGAAGACCAUAACAAUGCAACAUUGAUCAAACGCAUUGAUUUCCAGCUGUUUCAUUUCGAUCGCUGUCCAUACUGCAGAGUAACAUGUACACGCUCCCCUCAGCCAGGACAGAAGUUUGUGUGUAUGCAGCACAAACCCAACACACAAUCAGCUGUUUCUUUUGGGACACCAGGAUCUCUGCGACUCGAAUGCAUUUCAGACUGCACUAAAGUCACUCGUGGCUCUAUAAAUCACGGAUGGAGCAAUCUGAGACGUGUUGGAGUCGCCUGACCUCUUGAUGUCUGUGUCAGCACAUAUGCAAAUGCUUAUACCGGGGGAUUUGGCAGGAGAGAGGUACUGCGGCAGCUCAGGUGAUGACUGGGGCUUUUAUGUUCGCAACCGGUCUGGAGGCUCAGCAGGCAUGGAGCCUCUCAGCCUGCAGGUGCUGGUGGUUGUAACAUGGAGCUUCCUGGGCUUCCAGUGGCUGUUCUAUAGAGGUAGCCCUUGGGUGUCUCAGCACCUCUCCAAAGGCUUCCUCAGGCUCAGCCCCACACAAAGGACGGAGUGGAACUCCAGGGCCGUCUCAACAGUGCAUGCCCUGAUUGUGGGACUUUUCUGCCUCUACAUAUAUAUCUCUGAUGAACCUAUCCAGAAAGACCCAGUCUGGGGAGAUGCCACACUGGUGAAACUAAAUGUGGCCAUUACCUCAGGCUACCUCAUCUCUGAUCUCCUGCUCAUGUUUACAUCAUGGGAGUCAAUUGGAGAGAAAUACUUUGUCAUUCAUCAUUUUGCUGCUCUCUAUGCAUACUACUAUGUGCUGAGUCAAGGGAUAUUGCCUUACUUCGCUAAUUUCCGUCUGCUCUCAGAAUUCUCCACCCCCUUUGUCAACCAGCGUUGGUUUUUUCACGUGUUGGGCUACCACAAACUUUCCAAACCGAGUUUGGUUAAUGGUGUUGCCAUGGCAUUUGCAUUCUUCUUGGUGAGGAUCGCAGUCAUUCCAGGCUACUACAGCCAUAUGUACUCGGUCUUUGGCACAGAUGACUUCUACAAGUUACCUCUGGGAGGCCGCAGUGCCUGGGUUAUUUCUAGCGUGUCAUUGGAUGUCAUGAACAUCAUGUGGAUGCGCAGAAUCAUCCGUGGAUGUCUCAAAGUCCUUCACUCAGCCUGGUCGAGAAAAGCAGGAACUGAGAUGGAAACUAGAAAGACAGACUGACAUGACAUGGAGAUACAAACAGAAACUUAAUACAUGAGCACACAAACCGUCCAUCUUGUAUCAUGUCCUAUGCUGGAGUGCAUAUGUUUGUAUUAUUUCCUGCUGCCGUGACAGCAGUUUUGAGUUUCAAACCGACAAAUCAAGAGCUUAGAAAGCCAGUCAUUGUAUUAAUGACUUACAUGAUGUCAUCUUCAAAUAUGGACUCAACUGGAGGAAUUAAAUCACAAACGCUCUUUCAGUUUGAAAAAAUCAGGUGAUUAAGUGGCAUGAGUCUGAUCAAAUGUCCAAUCAAUAGUUGUGGUUGCACUAUUUAUUAUAAAGCUGCUAUGAAGAUCAACCAACUUGCCUUUAUCAAUGCAAUCAACAAAGCGACUGCACAUCUGAACUUCCACAAGGACUCACAGUGUUUCUCUGUAGACCACAAUAAACAAUUUUUUGACUACAAUAUGAAUAAGGUUAUAUGUAGAGAGAAAUAUAUGAUAUAUAGUGGAAAUGUGGGUUACAUGUAUAGGUGAAAGUUCCUGGUUUGCAGGAUUUGUACUCGAGAUACCAUGCAUGUUUGCAUAUAAUUAAUGCAUAUAUGGAGAGUAUUAUGUAUGUCUGGAAUGGAAAACAUAUCAGGUGGCACGAUGUUAUAUAAUAUAUGUGUUUCUAUAACGUGAUGCAGCCAUGUACUGUAUAAGCUUUUUGUAGUAGCCUAUGUGGCUUGUCAGUUGGAUUUGGAAUAAUGACAAUUAUGAGAUGUAAGCUUCAAUAAGAUAAGGCUUUUCAGGUUAUUUACUUCACCGUUAGGUAGGCCUAUGCGGUUAAACAUCAACAAUGAUAUGACUUGAAAAAGGUAGGCCUAUAUGAGCUAUUCCAUCUUCUGGAAUGAAUCUCUAGUACAGUAUACUGUGAUGUCAAAAAUGCUUAUGUAAUGGAAUGGAUGUGCGUUUCUGUGGUGUGAGAAUGAAUAAACUGCUCAGUUUUACACUUUA